AUGCGAUAUAACAAACUGAAGGAAAUGCAUCAGCUUAUGCACCAAAAAGUUAAACAGGUGGUGGAACCUUCAUCAGUUAGAUGGCUGUCUGUGGAGACAUGCAUCAGGAUGAUAUUUGAGUACUAUGAUUCACUUGUCAUGUCCUUGGAAAAUGAAAAGAGUUCUAAUGCUACAGCUGUUGGCAGUUCACAGCUUUAACACUGUUUCUUCUAACCACAGCCUUGUUGAUUGAUGUUCUGUUAGUUAUUGGGACACUUCGUCCUCUGUUUCAGAAGGAUGCUGCCAACUUGUCUGUUAUAAGACACAGUGUAGCUUCCACUGUUCAGGCAUUUGAAGGAAUGAUUGACGGAUCUCCUGUGGUAAACAGAGUGUUGGUAGACCUCGGUGAUGUUCCUGGCACUGGGAAGAAUAUCUACAAGGGAGUGGAAAUUGCUGAUAACAACAACCAAAGAGCCUGGUUCAACUCAGUAUGA